AUGAUACUGGAAGCCGUUGCUGACUACCGUUUGCGGAUCUGGCAUGCGUAUUUCGGCGUUGCAAGUUCGAACAACGACAUCAACGUUCUGCAGUCGUCGCCUCUCUUCAAUGAUGAGUGCCGGGGAGAGGGUCCAGAGAUCAGUUUCGUAGCAAACGGCACGCAGUAUCGCAGGGGAUACUAUUUGGCAGAUGGAAUAUACCCUCGUUGGCCCGUAUUCGUUAAGACACUUCGCCAACCGGCUGGAGCGAGGAGACAAUAUUUUGCGCGAAAACAAGAGGCCGCUAGGAAAGAUGUUGAGCGAGCUUUUGGUGUGCUCCAAGCGCGAUGGGCCAUUAUACGCUGCCCGGCACGAGUUUGGCACGAAGAUGAUGUCGCGAAUAUUAUGGUAGCAUGUAUCAUAUUGCACAAUAUGAUAAUAGAAGAUGAAGGAUUUGCUGCAGAACGUUGGGCACCGGAAGAUGGUGCAAGUACAAGUCACGGCGUUGCCUCCGCGCCGAUACAGAUGGGUGUACCACGUAGUAAUGAAUAUCUGAUCCAACGUUUCGCUGAUAUACGCAGGAGCACAGCACAUGACCAACUCCAGGUCGAUUUGAUUGAAGAGGUCUGGGCACGUAGGGGAGGCGGCGUAGCGUGA